UAGAGCCGCCCUACAGGUACAGGGCGUGGAGCAAUAAGGCGGAAAACAACAAAACAUGGCACUUUUCUUUAGAGUAAGCUGAAAAACAUGGGCUCUUUAGAGGCUUGAAGAUGACCUAAAGCAAAAAAAAAAAAAAUAAUCUGUCGCUAUAACGUCAAUAUGGGUGUGUGCUGUCGUAGCCUGAAGGAUACCAAGGUCCUGAUGAAAAUGGGCUUGGGUCUGGUGCUGGUGGGUCACUUGAACUUCCUUUUGGGGGCGCUGGUGCACGGCUCCGUGCUGCGUGACGUCAAAGUGAACAGUCAGACCUCCGCCCUCAAGUACGCCAUCUCCAACAUCAUCGCCAUGGUUGCUGGCCUCGUGGCAGUUACUGGUGGGAUAUCAGCCAUCGCACUGUCGAAGAACAUGCAGAACCAGACGCUGAAAUGGCUCUUGUUGGCGGUCAGCAUCGUGAUCUGUAUGCUUGGCACAGCCGCCGCCGUCAGCGUCUUAGUCUCCAUUGUUAUGGCCAUCGACAACGAUGGCUUCAGUCUGCUGACGCAGUGCAACCUGAACGGAACGCUCAACACGUACAGCAUCACCUACGAGUGUCCGUUCGACCCCACGCGCGUUUACGGGACGACACUGACCCUUUGGGGUUUGAUUAUUGUCAUGUCGUUGAUGGAGGUGGUGUUUUCUCUGCGCUGCUUCCUUGCCUGCACCAGUUUCCUGCGUCUCCCCUGCCCCUGGAGCAAGACCCCGAAAAAACGCAGGGUGCGUAUACGGACGCCGAAUAGCUCCGUCCCGUCGUCUCCCGUCCCCUUCCCCGACGAGGAGGAUCCUGCAGAGCGUCAUGAUCUUCUCAGUACAUCCUCACCCACUGAGGUAAACAGUUGGAUGUGAGAUCGAGCUCCAGUCACAUCUACGGGUUCAGAUCAUCUCCCAGUCUUUGGUCAGAACCCGGAACAAAUCCAGCAGAAAGAGACGGAAUGGGUUCAAAUCUCCUGCUAAAAAUGAGAAACGAAGUACAGCAUCAAAUAAAGUACUUGCUGGAUCUCGACUCAAACUGAGACUUAAGUAUAAAUGACGCUCUUUCUAUUUUUUUUAUGUAAAUAAACGUCUGUACCUGAGCCUUAUCUGUACAGCACUGAUGUGAAAUCUGCUCCAGCUGCCAAUAUCGAAACCACAAAGAAAGCUGUACUGAGAUCAGCUGUCUGUCUCUAAAAAGGUCAAAACAUCUCCAUUAUUUUUACUGCUGAACAUCAGCGGCUGCUCCUCAGACCUUCUGCCAUUUCCAUAACCCUCGUCCUUUAGAGUACACGCCGAGUUUCACUUUUUCUCUAAGUUUUAUUCCUUUUCUUAUGCUCCGGUUCAGGUGGGCGGGGCUACACCGGGCUCUCGUCUGAGGGUUUAGUAACUCCUUCGUUUCUCAUGUAUCUUUCUUUUCCUCUUUUCUAGCACUACGAUGCUGCUGACUGUGUUUAUGUUGCCAUAUAUUUCACUAAGGUGUCUCUGAUGUAAUACAUUUACAAUGCUUAUGUAUGUCGAGUAAAAAAAACAGCCUGGUUUUAGAUAAAUCGCAGCUCUGUGUCGGGAUUUAUGUAGGAGUUAAAUAGAACUUUGAAUAGAAAUGAGGGUUUAUAAUUCCAUUUAUCUUGCUUUAACAGAAAGAGCUUGUCUGUUUUUUAUUUUAUUUAUAUAUAUACAUACACAUACACACUCACCGGCCACUUUAUUAGAUACACCUUAUUAGUACCGGUGUGGUCUUCUGCUGCUGUAGCCCAUCCGCCUCAAGGUGCGACGUGUUGUGUGUUCAGAGAUGCUCUUCUGCAUACCUCGGUUGUAACGAGCGGUUAUUUGAGUUACUGUUGCCUUUCUAUCAGCUCGAACCAGUCUCUCAAGGCCAUUCUCCUCUGACCUCUGGCAUCAACAAGGCAUUUGCGCCCACAGAACUGCCCUCACUGGAUAUUUUCUCUUUUUCGGACCAUUCUCUGUAAACCCUAGAGAUGGUUGUGCGUGAAAAUCCCAGUAGAUCAGCAGUUUCUGAAAUACUCAGACCAGCCCGUCUGGCACCAACAACCAUGUCACGUUCAAAGUCACUUAAAUCACCUUUCUUCCCCAUUCUGACGCUCGGUUUGAACUGCAGCAUCGUCUUGACCAUGUCUACAUGCCUGAAUGCAUUGAGUUGCUGCCAUGUGAUUGGCUGAUUAGAAAUUUGUGUUAACGAGCAGUUGGACAGGUGUAGCUAAUAAAGUGGCCGGUGAGUGUGUGUGUGUGUGUGUAUAUGUAUAUAUAUAUAUAUCUAUAGACAUCUCUCAUUUAAGGGAUUUUUUUCUCACACUCUUAGCUCUUUAUAAACACACUGCUCCUUAUUUAUUAUUAUUUUUAAUCCAAUUUUUUUAAAUUGCAACCUUUUUAUAUCUACUUCACUUUGUCUGGUCCUAUCGCGCACACACACACACACACACACACACACACACACACUACAUGCUGCACAGCUUAGUGUACGUGUGAGCACAGAGAUGUGAACGUUCUUACAUUAAAUUACUGCUCUUGAUGUUUGGGAAUGAAAUGACCUGUAGAGCAGAGUUCAUGUUACUAUGUUAUAAAACUGGAGUAAAAACCCAUAGUGAGAUUUUUACAGAUACUCUGUUUCACAGCUUGAGGUCAGCAGUGUACACGUGAUCCUUUACAUCAGGCAUCAGAUGAGAGAUCUGAUUUAUGCGUGCUGCUGCAACGUGAUUGGCUGAUUUGGAUAAUUGCAAAAGAAAAAACCCACACAGGAAAACUUAUGCGAGAUAACUUGAUUCACCAAACAUUAUCUACGUGAUCCUGUCUUGGUGUGCACAUACACACACACACUCGCCUCUCAAUCUCAUUAUGAACUUCACAUCUGCUUUGAGUUUAACUUUAAAUAUGUUUCUUUAAACGAUCAUUGUGAUGAUGGAGCAUUUCCUGGUGCUCCCUGGACUUUGUAUUUUAAUGGCAUUCAAAAAGGAAAAAAAAUGAAGUGUAAGUAAAUGUUAGUGAAGUGUGAUGUGUAAGUAAAUGUUACACACACUGCAGACUUUUCAGAUUUUCUCACAUAAUCCCUUUAAAUGUAGAUGACUUUAUCCAGUAGUCAGGUUCUUUAAAACCCUCAUCAUCCUGGAGGGAAACAGCUUUUUUUUUUUAAAACUUGUUUCAUUGCACUCAUUUUUUUUUUUUCUCUCAGACUGAUUACACUGCCAAAAGUCAUACACCAUCAUUUUACACACACACACACACACACACACACACACAAACUAGGUCCAAAACCAAAGAAGCACUGUACAGAAAGUCAAUUUACUUAAACCUUUUUUAUGUGGUGUUCCUGUUUGAUUCUUUAUGAUCUGUUACUGCAGGGAGGAAGUUAAAUAACUGCUUGAUGUUUUUUUUGUAAUAAAUAAUGUAAACCUGU